GCAGAAUUUACAGCCAUGCGGGAGCAAUACAUGCGAGGUGGAGAGGGUUUUAUCAUCUGCUACUCUGUCACUGACCGCCAGUCAUUCCAGGAGGCCGCCAAGUUUAAAGAGCUCAUUUUUCAGGUUCGCCACACCUAUGAAAUUCCCCUGGUGUUGGUGGGUAACAAAAUUGACCUGGAACAGUUCCGGCAGGUUUCUACAGAAGAAGGCUUGAGUCUUGCCCGAGAAUAUAACUGUGCUUUUUUUGAGACCUCUGCAGCCCUCAGAUUCUGCAUUGAUGAUGCCUUUCAUGGCUUAGUGAGGGAAAUUCGCAAGAAGGAGUCCAUGCCAUCCUUGAUGGAAAAGAAAUUGAAGAGAAAAGAUAGCUUGUGGAAGAAGCUAAAAGGCUCAUUGAAGAAGAAGAGAGAAACCAUGACAUGAUAUCCCUGCUUUUGAGUCUCUCCAUCUCUCUCUCUAAAUUUUUUCAGUCAAACAACUGUGGAUGUAGCAUUCUGCUCCAAUAUUCUUUGUCUCUCUUUAAAUACCUGUCUAUAGGUAAAAGUAAGGUCUGCAUAAUUGUACCUCUGUGAUAAUUUUGUUUUGCCUUUAACAGUUGGAUGGAUUUUGUCAAUCAACCAGAUAUGCUGUUUAGUUUUUACAAUAUAUUACUAAAUAAAAUUGACAUUCCACUUGCCUCA